UCUGUUUUAUCUUCUUCAGUUGGUUUUUUUACCUCUGCACAGCAUUCAAUCUUUAGCUAGGAGAGUAGGCUAACUAUGUGGGGUGUGUCGAAAAACCCAUCUCAGCUUUCAAACAAGAAGCAGGAAAAAGGAGGUUUAGCAGAGAGUUUUAGGCCAGAAAACUUCAUUCCGGGCCUUAUCAUUGGUUUCAUUUUUGGCUUGUUUUUGGAUUUGUCGAACCCUUCAAAAAAUCAAACCAAGAAGAAGAAUUUUUUGCCUGGAAAGUCCCAGCAGCAAAGUCUGGAAGAUGGUGACAAAGAGCUUAAAAUGGUUUUUGUAGUCAGACAAGACCUGAAGAUGGGUGCUGGAAAAAUUGCAUCUCAGUGUGCACAUGCAGCCACUGGCAUGUAUGCAGAGCUGAUUUAUAGCCACCGGAUUCUCUUGAGACAAUGGGAGCAAUCUGGACAGCCCAAAAUAGUUGUUACAUGCAAGAAUCAACAAGAAAUGAACAAGAUAAGAGAAGCAGCUGAGAACAUUGGCCUUCCAACUUUUGCUGUUGCUGAUGCUGGAAGAACACAGGUUUCAGCUGGGUCGAAGACUGUUCUUGCUGUUGGACCUGGGCCAAAAGAAUCAGUUGAUUCAGUUACAGGAAAACUGCGGCUCCUCUAAUGUCAUGGAAAUAAAAGAGUGCCUCUCUGGUCAAAUCUCUGAGGUGAACUGACCCAUUGCCUUUGCAACUAAUUCUUUCUCAUUUCAUAUUCUCGAAGGAGAGAAUUUUUCCUCGUUGAUUGCCUGUGGAAAUGUUCAAGGUGGAAUUAGACCAUGCUGCAAGCAGUUGCCUAUUGAGAUGUCUUUUUCCAGCCUUUUUCAACAGGAGGAAAAAUGCUUAUACUAGAAUAUAUUGUUCCAGAAGCAGGUGGUUUCUAGAUCGACCGAUUGUUUGCUGGGAGAAAUUGAGGAAUGGAAAGCUGAUCUGUUAUCUUUUUGUUUCCUUUGUAUGUAUAUAAAUGGUAGGUGUAAACUUCAUGGCCACCUCUGUACUCCUAAUCAUUGCAACUGAUAACUUUUUGUUAGUCGUUCCCCAUUGCUUUAUAACCAAAUAAUCCAGAGUUACCGGGACUUAAACUUACUUCA